UUCCCCCUCGACGUUUUAGGCAAAGAAACUGUGGAUUUAUCCGUUUUUUAGCCAAUAACGCGGACAAACUGGCAAAGGGGACACGUGUUUGUUCAACGCAUUGGAGAUUAAUAGAAGAAUUUCUUUACUGUGUGGUUUUCUUGUGACAUCCGGGACCGGAAAAGAGCCGCUUUCCCCCCGACAGCUGGUUUGCGGAUCCCCCUUAUUUGCACUUGAAGUUGUGUGAGCCGGCUGAGAUGAGCGGUCCAGAGGUGGCCAAGACACCGGGAGGUGGAGCUCCGGGCAAGGAGGGCAAGGAGCCGGUGGCCAAUGGGCACGGAGGAGAGGGCAAUGACGCCAACCCAUUCGCCGAGUACAUGUGGAUGGAGAAUGAAGAAGAGUAUAACAGACAGGUGGAAGAGGAGCUGUUGGAGCAGGAGUUCUUGGAGCGCUGCUUCCAGGAAAUGCUGGAGGAGGAGGACCAGGAUUGGUUCAUCCCUUCACGUGACCUCAACAACCAGGGGGUGGGGCAGCUGCAGCAGCAGCUCAACGGCCUGUCUGUCAACGAUCACCACGGCAACCUGGAGGAAGUGGCGAGGAAGAGCAUCUUGAAUCCCGAAGCGAAGGAGUUUGUCCCGGGGAAGAAAUACUAGGAGUCCCCCUCACCCCCAUGGAGCCUCCACACGCACACACACACACCAGUCCUCACAUAUUCUCAGAGACUCUGGCGGCCUCGACCGCGCACACACUGAUUCCCACACACACGCAUGCACACACACAUCUACACACUUGAAGUCAGUGGCGUGCUGGCAGGCCCAGUUGGGGGGUGGGGGGAUUUCUUUUUCUUUUCUUUUUCGUUUCUUUAAUCUUUUUAUUUCCUGUUUGUUUCUUGUAAACUGAGGGACAUUGGGAACAGGGGUGGGGGAUGGGUGUAAAACCAGCACCGCCCUACUGCGGGCGCUAGCUCAUCAUUACAUUUCAGAUGACACUGUUGAUGUUUACAGAGUAUGCAGAUCUCAUUGAUGUCCCCUUGGAACUGAGGCAGCUACCAAGGAGUGAUGCCAGGACAAAACUUCAAUCCAAAACAUUGAAUAAACUUGAAAGAUUACUUCACGUACUUGUUAAUUUGUGUGCUGUCAAAUUUGAAUAAGUAACAUCACCAGUAGGUCGAGGGUUUCCAUGACAGUGAGGCUAGAGAACGACUAAAAUCUCAGGGGACAUGAUGGGUUUCUGCCGCUGCUCUGUAGCGUCACCACGGUCAGUCGGACCCGCUAACGUUUGCUCCUGUGAUGUCACAAUCUCCCUGUGACAUCAUGGCUCUUGCUCAUCUAGAAAUGUGGGUUCUUAUCUGCAGCGGCUCCGUUCCAAACCAAAUACAAACCCCACCCUCCCUGCACGCUUGUUUUUUGAAGUGAUGUUAACAGACAUGGACAGGUGUAAUCAUGGAUAAGAAAUUAUUUUCCCAAUUUAUGUGGAAGUCCAUGCUUAUCUUUUGUCCAGACUAUUAGAGCUGAGGUGUGAGUUUCCCAAUCGCACAUUAAGUCGAGUUUAGCAAGAAAAAAAUGUUAUUAUAGAGGGAAGGUCGGAGCUUUUUGAACCUUAAAAAAAAAAAAAAAAAACAACUCAGUUAUCGUCUUUCUUUGUUCAUCAUCCUUUAGUUCAAUUUUGAUUUAUGGGGUGUAGUGAACAACCUUGUUACAGGGGAGUAUUUGGUCUGGAACAAUGCCACUGCCUCCUUCUGCCGGAACAACAUGGUUUGUCCAGCAUCAGAUCAAGUGUCCAUAUCCAAAUCAGGUUUUCAAAUAGCCUCUCCUCCUCGUUUUUUUUUUUUUUUCCCCCUUCAUGUUUUGAGGAUGAGGCAUUUUGUGUCUACUGGGUACAGUAACCUGUGGUGUCCAUUCAGUCCUGUUUGCAGGGGGAAACGUGAGGGGGCAUUAUUGUCAUGGCCCAUCAGGAAAAAAAGCCGUAUGGAACAUGUCUGACAAUAUGGCCUCCUCGCUGUUCUUCUCUUUGUAGGUUGACUUCUUUUGAGGAAGUUCUUCUUUUUAACCAUACAUCUUGGUUGUGGUCUGGCUUUCCCUGAAGCAUCGCCCCGUAGUCCAAGUUUAAUCUCCGUUAAGUUGUGAGCCAAUAGGAAAACGUUGUAUAUGUGAAGAUGCUUUUUAGGAAACCCAGAUUCUUAUCAAUGGUAAUCUUGAGUUACUGAGUCCGUUUUUCUAGUUCUCAGCCGUCUUGGCUCCAAAAUGCAGAAGCAGUAUUGUCAUAAGGGAAAAUCUUGUGACGUGAACUUUAAUCUUCUUCAUGCCACUGUUCAUUUGUGGUAUUAACAGUGAUAAUAAUGCCUUGUGUAUUUUACUGUGUUAGUGUUAAGUAGACACUUGGAGUACUUGUACUUCAUUGGAUUAAGAAGUAUCUGAUGGGUGAAAGCACUUCUUUACAUCCAUGUUGCUUUCUGAUUUUCAGACCAACAAGUACUCAAGUGUGUCCUUAAAGUGUGCAGUAGAAACGUGGUUAAAAUGGAACUUCCUCACACAGUGUUGGACCACAGCUGUCGAGUGGCACCCUGGUGAAGCCAAUAGGAAUGUCCGCCAGGUGGAUUGUACAACAUGAAAUCAUUUUUGGUGAUUUUGUUUAGAUGAGUUAGAUAACAGAAGCCGUUUAAAAUAAAAAAAGGUCCAGAAGACACAGAGUAUGAAUUUCAAUACAAAUAAAAAUAAUGAAAAAAGAUGAAUAAAGAUGUUAAAGACAA